AUGGCUUCGCAAUCAUCAGCCUCUGGCGGUGCCAGCUUCUCACUCUUCCCCAAUCCCAACUUCUCCAAGCCUAUGCCGCGUCCCCGCCAAACAUCUCGAACUCGUCGCUCAGAGUCUCGUGAACGUCGAGCAGUUACACCACAGUCGCAACUCCAAGACAGCCGUGCUCCGACGCCGGGUGCUUCGUCUUCACCGGUGCUUGCUCCUGUAUCAUCGCCUCAAAACGGCCGGCAGACGCCGCAGCAGAGGGCUCAUACCCCAUUGGACAUCAAUCAUCCCCUGGAAGCAGUGUCGGAGGCGGCUCUGGAUCAUCAUAACCCUCCAUCGACUGCCAACAUAGAAGAGCAACCGUUUGAUACGCCUGGCGCGGACUCCAGUCCCCCCCGACUGACCAUCGAAAUUCCUCGGCAAGCAAAUGCUCCAAUCUUGCCACCUCAGAUAUUGGCAGGCGGCAAUAGUAAUCCGCCGCGGAAUUAUAUCGCCAAACCUCUUCUAUUGUUUGACCAGCCACCAUCGUUUGCACCGCCGCCAACAGCGCCGCCAGCAAUGCGAUCCAUGUUUCCAACAUACAAUCCUGAAUUACCCCUUGAUCAACAAACCUACGGUCCAAUCCAGAUGCAGCCAUCAGGCAUGCCUAGGGCUGUUGUCAGUCGCCAGAGCUACUUCGAAGACCCCGAGACUGUAUCUGAGCGCCCACCUGUCCGCAGCCCGCCAUUCAGAGUUCCUACCCGCCCUCAAAAUCCUCCAAUCAUCCCUGAUAUAAGCACUACCGAACAGCUGCAAGACCUUUGGAAAGUCACAAACGGCUGGCAAGCAUCAGGUUCUGAAGGGCGUGUUUACUGCCUAAAGUUGACACAGCAAAAAGAUGCUCCCGUCUACACUCUUUCCUCCGCCUCCCAGCCUUUUUAUAGUCUCCGCUUGGACCCUACAUCUGCCUCGGCUUACGUGUCACUGAGUAGACACGACCCCAGCAAGAUUUACAAGGCUCCCAAGUCAUCGUCAGGCUCUCCCGGGAGCAUUUUCAACGGUGUUCUAAGUGGCAACAACCGAGCCUCAGACAACAAACAUUGGCAAGAAGCGUUAACCACAACACUUGAAGAGGAAUCUCGUAAGCAUUCUCCAAAUGAUGGUCUUGCUGCCCUUCUUAUGCCCUGCGCCGCGACAAAAAUAGUCUUGGAUAGGGCAGACGACCCUGUCACAGUUGCAGCUGCAGAGAGGGAGUGCGGCAGGCUUGUAUGGGAUGACGAUAGUGCAAGCCACUAUCUAGUACAUCCUGCCCUGGCAACGCCAUUCUGUGUUACCAUUGAAAACUGCGCUGCCUGGUCUCGUAUCGAAUAUACGCUGGAACACCACGAAUCGCCACAACACCUCGCCAAGCUCACACGAGAUGGCACCGGCACCGGGUGGUUAGAGAUUGACACUGGUGUAGCGUCCAAAAUCGGGUCAUUCUACGUUGUGGAUGUGGCCGUUACCGCCCUGCUUCUUGUAGCUGCCAUGGAAGAUAGGAACUCUCCAAGAACUGUCAUUGAGGCAUUCGAGGCACCACCGGUACCGGAACCUCCGAGACAAUCAAGGAGUCUGAGCAGUGCAUUGAGCCGACACCGCGACGAUGACGGCAGCAAAAAGAGCAAAAAAGACAAGAAAGACAAGAAGCGCCAGAGAAUGGAGCAGUUCGAGAUUGAUAUCGAAAGCCAGGACGAUAGUUUGGGCAAGGGGAGCAAAAAGGCUGAAGCUGAAGAUAAACUGCCCUUCCUAAUACGAGUGAUUGUUAAACUAGGAAAGGGGCUGUUUAACUGUUUUAUAUGGAUUCUUACACUUGGGUUUGCAUGCGUUAAAGGAGUAUUCAAGGUUUUUUAUAAAUGUGUGGGAUCUAAAUAUUAA